UGUGAUGAUAAACAUGGCCAAUCCCUACAAAACCCCACCGUGUUCCAGCGACAACCUGAUCAUUUCAACAACUCUGGAAGCUCCAAACUAACAUUUGGCAACUCCAAAUCCAAAUCCAAUUACAACGCCAUCGACAAAUCACGGCUCAGCUUAAACAGACUUGCAGAAAGGAUGACCCUGGGGACACCACCAACACAAGCGUACGGUGAGCCAUGGUACUGGGACAACCGCUACGCCCACGAAUCAGCUCCCUUUGAUUGGUACCAAAAAUACCCUGCCUUAGCUCCCCUUGUCCACCUUUAUGUCCCCCACCGCCACCAACGCAUUCUCGUUGUCGGCUGCGGCAACUCAGUGUUCAGUGAAGACAUGGUGAACGAUGGAUACGAGGAUGUCGUCAAUGUUGAUAUAUCCUCUGUGGUCAUCGAAGCUAUGCAAACUAAGUACUCCAACCGUCAACAGCUAAAAUAUAUUAAAAUGGAUGCACGAGAUAUGAGUCCAUUUCAAGCUGGUUCCUUUGAUGCAGUUAUUGAUAAAGGGACUCUUGAUUCUAUCUUGUGUGGAAAUAAUUCGCGUCAGAAUGCUACUCAAAUGCUUGAGGAAGUCUGGAGGGUCCUCAAGGAUAAAGGAGUCUAUAUUCUGAUAACAUAUGGAGCACCAGUAUAUCGUCUUGGCUUGCUGAAAGAGUCAUGCAUUUGGAGCAUAAAACUGCAUGUGAUAGUGAAAUUUGGACCUGAAGGAAGUUCUGAACAGCCAAUAAGGGAAUUGACAAACCCUGUACCAUUGGAGGAGGGUGGAAGCUCAGUGGAAGAUGUACUUGGAAAGAACCCUGACGUCCAUUAUAUUUAUGUUUGUACCAAGGAAGCCAAGGCCAAGGAAUGAAGUGGCAGCUGAUUGAAGCAGAUGAGGAUCUUGAACAUUUUGCAGUAGAAUUCUUUUUGCUGUACCUGAUUGUAGCUUUAGUUCUGUGGUGUUUGUAUCAUGAUACCACGAGCUAUUCAAAUUUAAUGUGGCCAUAACAUUUAGAGAAUUUGUAAUAACUGAACUAGCUACAGCAGUUUGUGUUAGCUUUCAA